AUGUCUAAGGACGCCCCUGCCCCCAAGUAUUAUGAAGAGAGUGUGAUAGCCUCUGCUGAUGAUCCAGGAUCGCUGAUUGCUGGAGUCAUGCCAUUGCGGCCCAACAAGCCCAUUCCAGGAACUUCUGCGAGGGUGAAGCCCACCCCAGCGGCUUCGAACAACCACUUCUCCCCAAACAACAAUACCAAUGAUUUUCCAGCCUCCAUUGCCGCCGGUGGAGGUAUGAAUGAACCUUCGAAUUUGGCCAUGAGCGAUCACGAUAGGCAACCAAGUCUGAAAAAGCCACCGCCGAGCUACCCACCGCCUUCUUCUCCCACCAGCAACCGUCGUGCACCGACCAAUCUGACAGAGGAAAACGAUCGACGAGCCAAACAAAGUGCAGUCCGUCGUUCUUCCAAGAUGACUCCCGAUACGUUUCAUUCACCCCCGUCGGAUCCAUUUAAUGCACCCUCUUCACCCGGCGGCAACCGCAAACCAUUUCCCAACGAAAAAUUCGGACACGCAGACAAUAAUAAUCACCACCACAACACCAGCGAAGAAUUCCGAGUGCGACCUGCUGGAUUACGAGCCAGUGACAACAAGAAGAAACCACCGCCGGGAGGACCGGCAUUGGCGCCCGGUGCCGUGGCGGUUACCCAACAACAACAACAACAAUGGAACAGUGAUGAUAUCAGUGGGGCGCCGGCUCCGGCCAUGCCCACCAUGGACGAAUCGGCCCACGAACGAGCGCAAGGAGAUGUCUUGCGGAGUUUACCACAAUUCGAAAGCAACAACAGCAACAACAGCAGUGGACGACGACCCCUUGACACGGUGCAACCCAAGUCGUAUCAGAGCAUUAGCACGAUUACACCGGAACCACAACAACGAGUCUUGCCGCAAAUUAUCGAUCGCACGGCCGAACCCAGCGUUAUUGGCGGCGAUCCCGACGAAGAAUGGGGACAAGCGGCGCCUGCUCCGGUAGUACCUCCACAACAACAUCCCCAUAAUCCCAAUAUCGAUUCGGUGGAUCGUCUGCAACGCGAGGGUGAUCCCUGGAGCAGCGAUGUCGAUCCGGAUAAUAACAACAAUUCAAAACAGGCUGGAAGGGCCCGUACGGACCGACGGUAUUACAUCUUGUCGGCUGUGUUUUGUUUGCUCAUUGCCGGAGGCAUUGCCGCCGUUGUCAUUGUCGUGGUCAUGGGAAAAUCGUCGGACGACCCAGCACCGGCACCCGUCGUGGAAACCACAGCUGCCCCGGUGCCUACACCCGAAACGGCAGGUAUGGAUUUUGGUGGCGGUGCCGAUACUACCGGAACCGAUAUGGAUCAAGUGGCGGGAGUGGAUGCUACCAUGGUGCCUACGGAAAUGGGCACGGAAGAAGCAACGACUAUUACGGAUGAAGAUGAAGUGGAGGAAUUAAUGACGACGACCGCCUCUCCCACUUCCAGCGCUAUUAUUACGACGGCACCUGUCGGUGUCUGUACCCCAACAAUUGGCAAUACCGAUGAAGCGUGCUUCCCGCUGUUGCAGUCCAUCGAUGUAGUCUGCGAUUGCUACCAGUUUUGCGAUGGCCUGGUUGUAGGCUGUAUCGGGUUUGAUGAACAAACUUCCUUUAGUUGUGCUGGAGCGAUUGUGGCUGGGUGUACUAUUGAUCAAAACGGUACCAGUCCUGUCACAGCUGCUGGAGGAGUGACGGCGGAACCCACUUUGCCUCCAACGGUGGCUGCCACGUUCGCCUUGACUACGACUAGGCCAAUGCCACAAACAGAUGCGCCUACACCAGGGCUGACCCCACAAACAGAUGCGCCUACGCUGGGGCAGACUCCGCAAACAGCAGCGCCGACGUCAAGGCCCAUCCCACAAACGGUAGCGCCGACGUCGCCUCCUCAACCAGCGCCAGUGGCAAUGACACUUGAACCAACCUUGGGAACUGCUUCGCCCACAGUUCAGACAGCAUCACCCACAGUAACGGCGACAACUGCGGCUCCCACAGUGUCACCUACAAUCAGUACAGCAUCACCGACGGCUCGUCCUACCGCCGAACCUACACUCGAUAUUACCGUUGCGGGAACGACAAUGCCCCCCUCUUCGGAUCCAUUCAUUUCCAUUCCGGUGGGAGGAGGAACCACCAUUGGGCUGCCGUUUCCACCCACAAUCCCUCCUGGAACAACUCCCAUUCCGACGUCGGGUUCUGGUUCGACACCAGGGGGGUUGGGCAUUCCGCUGUCGACACCGCAACCCACAGCCGGCGGCACCACCUCUCAAGGGACGUUGGUGAUUCCUGUUGCCACCCCUUAGUCGAAAUGUUGCAGGUGGUGUUGUGUUGGGACUCUCUUUGUGGUUUCUGUUUUCUGGCUAGCUUCCUUGCUAGUAUUUACCAAAGAGUAUUAUGUUAGUAGUGGAUCGAUUGUGUCGUGUACUGUACUGUACCGUACUCCAUUGGUGUACAUGUACGCUGUAGUCUAAAAUAACUUUAGGAACUAGCUAGUGGCUGGCUUGCCCCAAGCGGCUCCAUGUUUCAGAUUUGCCUCCAAAAACGAUCAGGAAGGCAGUACAGUACAUACAUACGUACAUGUAUGUUAUCCGGAUAGAUACCGGUAGACGUGAUCAUGCAUGUACAUGUACUUGUACCUGUAUGCCUGUAUGCAUAACUCCGUCUUGGCUAAACAUGCAUCUGACUGACCCCAGGGGCUCCAAGGGACUGCUGCAAAGCCCGUUCCUCACAACUCCGCAUGUUUAAAAAAAACAGCGUACAAUCUUACAUCGAUCAUGCAUCUGUAGAAACUGUGAUACCGUACACGGUACGUAGCGGCACAAGGUACCAGUACCGGUCAGACUUGCAUCGCGGAUAUACACAGAAGAUUUCACAGAUGUGAGCCAACCACUGCCUGUUUAGUAGGAACCGAAGCGGGCGGCGGUAUCAGUAUCACAGCCAGUAUCCAACCACCCAACACGGUAGCACAGAUUGCCGAGCAACGGGCUACCAAAGUAGUAUUCGUUGUCGCAGAUAGACGCGGUAGGAUCUAACCGGGCCCGGGUUGACUAUGCCGAUGCGGA